UGUCUCCGCCCGCCGAGCUCCACGGGGGAAAAAAAGGAAAACUAAGGCUAUAAAAACAAGGCGAUAAGUGACACUUCUUCAAAUUGGCAUCAAGAUGGAAGCCUUUUGCCUCUGGACAUCCUUUUGGCUGGCUCUGGUUGGAUGUGUAGUCAGUGAUAAUCCAGAGAGAUACAGUACAAAUCUAAGCAAUCACAUGGACAAUUUCACCACCUUCCAUGGGACAGACGUCCACUUCCCGGUUACCACUCACCGACCCACUAAUUUGGCUCUACCCAGCAAUGGCUCUAUGCACAACUACUGCCCACAGCAGACCAAAAUCACUGCUGCUUUCAAAUACAUUAACACUGUGAUAUCUUGUACGAUUUUCAUCGUGGGGAUGGUGGGAAAUGCAACCCUGCUCAGGAUCAUUUACCAGAACAAGUGCAUGAGGAAUGGCCCCAACGCGCUGAUAGCCAGCCUUGCCCUCGGAGACCUUAUCUACGUGGUCAUCGAUCUUCCUAUCAACGUAUUCAAGCUACUGGCUGGGCGCUGGCCUUUUGAAAACAAUGACUUUGGCGUCUUUCUUUGCAAGCUGUUCCCCUUUUUGCAGAAGUCCUCAGUGGGGAUCACCGUCCUCAAUCUCUGCGCUCUUAGCGUCGACAGGUACAGAGCAGUUGCAUCCUGGAGCCGUGUUCAGGGAAUUGGGAUUCCCUUGAUUACUGCCAUUGAGAUUGUCUCCAUCUGGAUCCUUUCCUUUAUCCUGGCCAUCCCUGAAGCAAUCGGCUUCGUCAUGGUGCCCUUUGAGUACAAGGGCGAACAGCACAGAACCUGUAUGCUCAAUGCCACAUCAAAAUUCAUGGAGUUCUACCAAGAUGUAAAGGACUGGUGGCUCUUUGGGUUCUAUUUCUGCAUGCCCUUGGUGUGCACUGCCAUCUUCUAUACCCUCAUGACUUGUGAGAUGCUGAACAGAAGGAAUGGCAGCUUGAGAAUUGCCCUCAGUGAGCAUCUGAAACAGCUUCUAGAAGUGGCAAAAACUGUCUUCUGCUUGGUUGUCAUUUUUGCUCUCUGCUGGUUCCCUCUUCACUUAAGCCGAAUUUUGAAGAAAACCGUGUAUGAUGAGAUGGACAAGAACCGAUGUGAAUUACUCAGUUUUUUGCUGCUCAUGGAUUAUAUUGGUAUUAAUCUGGCAACCAUGAAUUCCUGUAUAAACCCAAUAGCUCUAUAUUUUGUGAGCAAGAAAUUUAAAAAUUGUUUCCAGUCGUGCCUCUGCUGCUGCUGUUACCAGUCCAAAAGUCUGAUGACCUCGGUCCCCAUGAAUGGAACGAGCAUUCAGUGGAAGAACCACGACCAAAACAACCACAACACCGAGAGGAGCAGCCACAAGGACAGUAUUAACUAACCAGUUGAAGAAACCCGGAUCAGUAUUCCUUCAAAUCCUACCUGAGAAAAAAGAUCACAGUGACAGUGUCUCCAGAAAUCUCCUCUCCCAUCCUUCCUUCUUAAUUCAAUCCUACCCUCAGGGGGGAGAAAAAUGCUUUCCAGAACAGCAGAGGGUGGACUCAUUCAAACCACAGUCUAUGAAUCUUAUUUCUUUAUUUUUAUCUGACUCCCAUAUUCUGCAUGUUGUAGUCAGCACUAAAGGGGUUGGGGCAGAGUGGAGACUAUUCAGUGGAAGCAGAAAGAUAUUUACUGCUUGUGUGUGACAAUAGCAUUUUCAAAGGUGACUAGCAUUCCUGGAAGUUCAGCGAAUGUUCAGUAAGAACUGGCGGCCGCCAAAGAGAUUAGGACAAAAUGUUCUAUUUUUUUAAGUGUUUUUUUCUUUUUUAAUUUUAGUUUUGAUCAUACACAGUAUGUGUUUAAGGCACCUUUAUUUCAAACCUUCGAUGCCAGUAUUUUUUAAUUUUUCAAGUGUAUAAUAGCCUAAAAUGAUUGAGUUUAUUUUCAUAUAUCACCCCCCAAAAAAGGGGGAAAAAAGUAUUCAGGUGAGCAGUUAGAUUAAUAUUUCUUAUGUCACUGUUUCAUAUUUAAAACAUAAAUUCUAAAGCUGCAACAAAAUACAGUGAUUUAAAGCAUAGGCUUAUAGUGUAAUAGCUGCUACUCAAAAGAAUUUGUAAGAGCCCUUUUUUUUUUUUUUUUAGGGAUGUUGUAUUACAGAAGAUCUUAAACAAAUUUUUUAUGUUAAAUUCAAACGUAAUGCUUGGAUCAACAUUUCCGUGUUUCACAAGUCCGGUCUUUUUUUAAUGUAAGUUUUUUUAAAUGUAAAAUCAGUAUCAUGUACCAAAAUUUAAAUAUAUCUGUGACUUAACUGUGCCUGAUAUUUUUGGUGCAAUGUAUCGAAAACUAAGGCAUCCCUAGAAGAAAAACAUUGAGUAUUUUGAGAAGA